AUGAAAUUUGCUGCUACCAUUGCUUUGACCGCUGCUGCGGCUCAGCUCAUCCUCGCCCAACCUCACGGUCAUGCUCACCAUCACAGAAAGCACGUCCAGAGCGUUAGCGUUGUGAAACGCGACACGGCCACCGUUUAUGUCGACGAGUCUGGCAAUGUCAUGGCACUUGAGGAAGUAUGUCAUGGCCUAGCCUCCAAGAAGCUGAAAUUUAAGGAUGGCGAUGCGCCAGAGGACCUUUGCAACAAAGCAGAACCAGCACCCACACCAAGCACCACUGCCGCACCAGAACCUAGCAGCUCUGCAGCUGGUGCGGCCUUCUAUGAAGCCUCAUUAACUGAAGAAGCCUCUUCCGUCGAACCUGAACCUACCCCGACAGAGGAGGCAUCCUCGUCUGCAGCGCCUGCAGAAACCUCUGCUGCACCUUCACCAAAGGAAGAGGGGAGCACAGGUGGAGAAGCCUACAAAGGUGGUAAAGGCCUUGACUCCGAAUUCCCCGACGGCGAGCUCGAUUGCAGCACCUUUCCAUCUGAGUAUGGCGCAAUCCCCGUGGAUUAUUUGAAAAUGGGUGGCUGGAUAGGAAUCCAGAAGAUCUCUAUUGCCAACAACUUCGUUCAAGACAUUGUUACUGGUAUAUCUGGCGAGAACUGCGUUGACGGCGCCAUGUGUUCCUACGCGUGCCCACCCGGCUACCUUAAGUCACAAUGGCCUAGCAUGCAAGGUGCAACCGGUCAAUCUGUCGGAGGUCUUGAGUGCUCCGGUGGAAAGCUCAGACUUACGAACCCCGACUUGUCAAAGAGCCUGUGCAUCAAGGGUACUGGUGGCGUCAGCGCAAUGAACAAGGCCGGUGGCGUGGUUUCUAUCUGCCGUACUGAUUAUCCUGGCACUGAAUCAGAGACUGUCCCCACUGUUGUUGAAGCUGGAGCGACCGAGGAAUUGGCUUGCCCUGACUCUGGCACCUAUUACAAAUGGAAAGGCAUGCCCACCAGCGCUCAGUACUAUCUUAACCCUAUCGGCACCGGCCCAGAGGAUGCAUGCCAAUGGGGAACUGCGGGUACCAAGCUUGGUAACUGGGCUCCAAUCAACUUUGGCGUCAGCAAGAAAGAUGGCACCACAUGGUUGAGCAUUUUCCAAAACAAGCCAACCACCGAGGAGUUAUACGAGGGCACGGUAGAGAUCACUGGUGAUAUUGUUGGCUCCUGCAAAUACGAAAAUGGACAAUAUUGCGGCGCCACUGGCUGCAACAAAGAUGGAUGCACCGUAUCGUUGAGCUCCGGCGAGGCCACGUACGUCAUCUCAUAA